CAACAGUUUUCCUCUACCUUUUAUAUAUUCCAACUUCUCAAAUAUACUUAUCACUUAAAUUGUAAUGGCGGAGCCGAACUCUACUCGCGCCCUUCAAUGUCCGGAAUGCACUUGGAAGUUUUCGCGUCCAAGCCAUCUCCAUCGACAUCAGCUCACGCAUACUACGUCCAAUCACCGACAACAUAUACCUUGCCCGUAUUGCCAAAAGACAUUCAGUAGGCGCGACGUUUUGCUGCGUCAUCUGCGUCAUGGGCAUCAGAUACAAGAACAAACCAGGCGAUCAAGUCAGAAGUCGUGUUUUCGAUGUGUUGAACGGAAGGCGAAAUGCAAUCGCGAAAGACCUUGCAAUGGCUGCAUCCGGUCGGGAAAUAAUUGCGAGUACCCUCCAACAGACGGUUUGGAUGAUUGGGAGUCUCAUGGCGGCGCUACUCCUACAGAACAGCCAAUUCUUCCUCCCAAUACCCACCAAAUACGAGACCAAGCCGAUGAAUCUAUGACCUCUCAAUCGAAUGAAGAGACUCCGUCUUUCCAACAUGAAAGAAGAUCUGACAGCCUCUCAUUGGGUGAUUUAACAGACCCCAUCCCCUUGCCACCGACAUCUGUAGUCCAUCAAGUCCAUCACGUCACGGAUCAAGCUUGCCCGGUUGGUCCUUUUUACAAUCUGGAUGAUGAGUCGACAAUCUCUCCAACUAUGGACAUUCCACAGUCCUUCAAUGUCUUGCCAGUAGAUGCAGCCCAUUCAGUCUUUGAAGAUACUUUUGCCCUUUCUCCCUCUUCCAUGCUUCCAGGGCAGCCUAACUUUCGAACUGGUGGGUUUGACUGGUUGAACUUCGACAUAGGCAAUAGCCCUCAAAGCUUUCAACUUGACACCUUUUAUAAUAGCUAUAUACCAGAGUUCUGGUCCUCCAGUACAACCCAGCAAGUCCCCGAGUCAGGUGGGCCUAGCAGCAGUGAUGUUGACAAUGGAGCACAUGAUACACUAGGUAGUGAGGAGUCGAGGGGGGAUUCACAAGCAGUAGGGCUACCAGACACCGAACAACACACAUUGGCCUGGCCUUUUGACCAGGCGCAUAAGCAGACUCCUUAUCGCUAUCAGCUCCCUCCUCUUCGCGAUAUUCUCAACGGCUAUUGCCCGACAAACAGACCGAAGCCUGUUCAGACAACACUUGUUAAGGGGUUCAUCCAAAUUCUCUCAGAUAAUCCCCUUCCUCAGCUUGAAACCUUACGAGACCCUCACUCUAUCCAAGCCUUUUGCAGUCUACAGCGGCUAGUAGACUCCUACUUCUCUCGGUUUCACGAUGUUCAGGCAAUCAUUCACAAACCGACUUGGACCAUGUCGGCUUGUCCGCCUAUUCUUCUCACGGCCAUGGCCUCUGUUGGUGCAUUACUAUCUGAUAGCCAGUCGGAUUAUGAGCUUUCCGUGGCUCUGAGUGAGAUAUGCUCCACAAUGAUUAACUGGAUGGGUGCCUCAGAUGUUACAAACUAUAGCGAUAUCUCAUAUCUCAAUGCACUCUGCCUCUACCAAAUCUAUUCCCUGGGCUCGGGAAAAAGACAACUGUAUCAGAACGCAGACAGGUCUCGUGGUCUGCUAAUCGGUGGCCUACGGGGAAUGGGUCUACUGAAUCCCCGUUCGUCCAUCGCUUUGAAUCAGGAACAGGAGGCAAUUCGUGGCUCUGAAGACGACCAUGUUCUUGCGAAUGAUUGGAAGAACUGGAUCGAAAUUGAGUCAGGAAGGAGAGCAGCCUGGGCAGCAUUCGAAUACGACUGCAGUCUUUGCACUCUCACAAGUCGCCGAGGCAUUGUUGACUUGAGCGAGCUGCCAUCAGACUUGCCGUGUCCUGAAUCCAUGUGGAACGCCACCUCAGCACGAGCUUGGUUUGCUCUCAUGUCUCGUCUUGGCCAGGAUGACUCAAGGCCAAAUUUAUCCAAUGUGCUGAAGCAGGCAUUGGCUGGGAAAGAACUACCAUCUUCCUUGGGAUCCUGGGCUAAGAGGCUCUGUGCUCAAGUCAUUGGACGAUUACUCUGGGACCUCUGGCAGAUUGAAGUGGUCGCAAUGCCCGAGUACCUCGGUCUUGGAUCGAUUGUAGCUGCGCACCAUGACACGAAGAGGUCACUUCUCAAAGGCUUGAAUAACUUGGUUGAAUCUCUAUCUUCGCCGUCAUCAACUAGCGGCCUUACCAGUUACAAUAUUGCAAGUCUUCUUUGCCACUAUUCGCACCUAUGCGCCGCAAAUGGUGUUCUCGACCUCAUCCUAUCCAUCGUCCGUGGCCUCAUUUCAACGGAACCACGAGUACAUGAUGGAAUCAAGGUGGCCCGCAACCGUCUCAAGUUGACAUUUGCCAGAGAUCCUAAAACAGCAAGAAGGCUAUGCUGGCACGCAGCUCAAAUCGUCGCAAUCGCUAAUGAAUACUUAGUUUCUGCCCCUUGCGAGAUUAUGCGAGUCUUUAUGGGUUAUAUCUUCAUCAUUGCCUACUCCGCUUACGGGGAUCAUACCAGAUCAUUGCCAAUCGAGGUCACCCAAAGUCUCUGGAUCUGUUCCAGAUAUUGGUGCCGACGAUUGCGUCCCAGCCAUCAGCACCGAUGCACAAGAAAUACUGAAGAAGUUGCAAUGCUGGGGACUGGCACAUAA